UCAUCUAUCUAUUUGUAUUUUAUCAAUAUUCACCCUCAGAUAGAUAAAUAUGAGGAAAAGAAAUUUUGCAACAAAAUAUAAUAGGACGAUUGACGAGUGGACGGUGGCGGUCUCUUCACCGUUCGAACUUCGAACUCACAUAUAUUCAUAGACAUAGAAUAUAUAAACUGCUCAUAUCAUUGUAUCAUAUCAUAUCUCUACCGUAAAUGGAAGAUAUCUGUUUGAAUAAUAAGUACGCAUAAAUUUGCUUAUCUACUUGUUGACAAAAGGAAAGAAAAAGACGUUUAACUAAAUAUCAUCGUCUGUUUCGUUCGCGCUGCUACAUCUGAUGGUUCCCUUCUGGAGCAGUCUAUAUAUUUCAUAAUAUAUCUCAUCUACAUAUGUAUAUGUGCACCGUGGCAUGGCGGUGACGUCUGCGCGCUCUCUUCCCGAACUCGCCACUCGCCACUCGCCAGCGCGCAGACAGUAGCAGUGAGUCGCGCGAGUACGUCGGGCGAGAUAGAUUGAGGUCGACUCGAUUUGUCGCGUCCAAGAUUACGGGUGUUGGUGAGGCUGUCUGAUUUUAUCCGUCGUUGUCUCGUCCCGUAUGCGCGUCCCUCGUCGGUGCGUCCGUUGCGGCCAUUGUCCCUGACAUGGAAGCCUAUCAAAAUGGCAGAGAUCGUGCACAUGUUUUUGUUCCUAUAUAAAUCCAAGUAUCGUCGGAAAGAUCAGUGGCGGCGAUCUCGUCGUGGCAGCGGUGGCGGCGGCAACGGUAGCGACGAUGACGACGACGACGAGAUCGCCGGGGUGCGCGAUCGACGGUGGCGACGACGACUACGCGGCCAUGGCAGCGACACCGCGGCGGUCGCGGUGCCGUGGGCGACGUUCCUACCGUGGGCGGUGCUCGUCUGCUGCUGGGUGAUGCGCGUAAGCGACGCCGCUUCCUCCUCUUCCUCGUCACCGACGGUGGAAACAGUCUGCGAUCUCGACACCUGCGUCAACGGUGACUGCGUCAAUGGCAGCUGCGUGUGCCGCGAGGGCUGGCAGGGCACGCACUGUCAGUUUUGCGGCGGGAAGGUCAGACUAACAGAAAAGAGCGGCAUCAUCCACGACGGUUUCGGCAACUACACAGCGGACGUGAAGUGUUCCUGGUUGAUCGAGAGCAGCCCGAACACCAAGAUACGUAUGCACGUGGAGCAAUUCGCGACGGAAUGCGGCUGGGAUCAUCUAUAUAUCUAUGACGGUGACAGUGUCGAGGCGCCGCUGCUGGCCGUCUUCUCCGGCCUGAUGCAUAAGGACGGCUAUCACAUACGCCGCGUGCCGGAAGUAAUAGCGCGAUCCGGCAGUGUGUUACUGCACUUUUAUUCCGACGUCGCGUACAACAUGAGCGGCUUCAAUAUUACAUAUAAAAUCAAUGCUUGUCCGAGCAGAUAUUCCCAUAUUGACUGUUCCGGCCAUGGAGUGUGCAUCGAAGGCACAUGUACCUGCGAUGCCACGUGGACCGGUGAAGCCUGCGAUGUACAGGUAUGCCCGAACAAUUGUUCGUACCUUCAUGGGCAGGGCGAGUGCGAUCGCGAGAGUCAUCACUGCCGCUGCUUCAACGGCUACAAAGGCGCAGACUGCAGUCAAAAGGGGGAUCGUGGAUUUUGGGAGACUGUCACGUAUAAAGAUUUGCCACCAGAUGGGUCGGCCAGUCACUGUUCUAUCGUCUGGAAAGAUUCUCUGUACGUGGUUGGCGGCGAGAGUUUCCACCGUGCCAAGAUGAUAUAUGUAUAUGAUUAUAACGGCAACGUCUGGGAAACGCCUCAUGUUGAGGGUCGCGCGCCUUUGCCGCGUUACGCGCACUCGUGUGUCCUCUUCGGUGACAAGAUAUUCAUGUAUGGCGGUGCCUUACAAAACUCCACCAUGACCAACGAGAUCUGGGCGUUUGACGUAUCCGCCAAAGUCUGGGAGAACAUCACUGUGUAUGAUAGUUGUCACAACAAAACGAUGUGUGGGCCGCUAAAGGUAGCUGGACACACUGCGACUUUGGUGCAAAGUCACAACAAGAAAGAGAAGAUGAUUGUGAUAUUCGGUUUUUCACCACAAUAUGGUUACUUAAACACCGUCCAGGAAUACUAUUUGGGUACGCGCGAAUGGCAGAUUGUCAAAACCAUCGGUUUCCCGGUGAAGGGUGGUUACGGUCACAGUUCCGCCUACGAUUCUCUCACGAAUCUCAUAUAUGUGUACGGCGGUUAUGUGUCAGAGUCGCACAGCACGCAGGUGUUGUCCAGCCGAGUGUAUUCAUAUCAUCCCAAUAGUUACGAAUGGCGUCUGCUCACAGCGGCACCAUCGGCACGUUUCUUUCACACGGCCACUUUUGUUUAUGGCGGACUGAUGCUGGUUUUCGGCGGUAACAUGCACAACGAUACGCAGCAGUCGCAUGGCGCGCGAUGCUAUUCAGCCGACACGCUCGGCUACGACGUCAUGUGCGAUACUUGGCAUCAAUAUACCAUGCCUAGAGACAUGAGCGAUCUUCCGCGAUACGGGCAUAGUGCGACGGUUUUUGAGAAGUCGAUAUACAUCUACGGCGGUUUCGAUGGUGAAAUGCUCUCUGACAUGUUGAGAUAUACCCCGGGUAAUUGCGAACAUCUGACGAAUCAGAAUCAAUGCCUGAACGCCAGGAUAGGCGUGAAAUGCGUAUGGCACAAACAAGACGGUCGAUGCCUGCACAUCGCGAGGUAUAUGCUUAAAAAAUAUCAAGACGACGAUACUUACAUGAAAUGUUUGGAUGAUGCGCCACCGCGCGGCAUGACAUCGCACGAGGAGCUCUGUAAACUCUUAAUCGAUUGCGUGUCUUGCGUGCAAAACUCGUAUAAUUGCGUCUGGUGCGGUAAGGGUUGCUUACACGAGAAAUGUCGGGAUCAUCCUAAUUCGCCGAGUUCAAGGCCCAUUACGGAUCUAGAACAGUGCGAUCCGAGUGGCAUCGAAUGCUUGCUGCUCCAUACAUGCCACGCUUGCGAAACCAAUCCACGUUGUUAUUGGUCUUGGUCCAAUGGGCCUGACCGUUGUAAGCCGCAACGAGAGUCGAGGAUUCAGGUGAUGUUUGCAAAUGGCAGUCUCGUCAUACCACCAGUCACACCGCAAAGCUUGACAUCGAUGGACAUGUGCCGCUAUAAUCCGUGCAUAGAGUAUACAACGUGUCGCAACUGCACGGAAGGCGAUUGUAUCUGGUGUCAAAAUGAGGGGAGAUGCGUGGAUAAGAAUGCAUAUCCAGCCAAUUUUCCCUACGGACAAUGUCGCGAGUGGACUACGAUAGAGGCUAGAUGUCGUCCUACAGAGACUGGCAGGGACUGGUGUAGCUUUUAUUCGUCGUGCGCUACAUGUCGUUCGGAUCCUGGAUGCGGUUGGUGCGACGACGGAUCGGGCACCGGGAAAGGUGUGUGUUUGCCUGGCGGAGCUCGCGGUCCCAGCAACAAGAGCUUGGAAACGUGUCCGUUCGAACACUGGUACUUCACAAAAUGUCCGACCUGUCAGUGCAACGGGCAUAGUAAGUGUCUUCCAAACAGCAGCGUCUGCAUUGAACCGUGUGGAAAUUUGACUCAUGGACCACAUUGUGAUAGAUGUAUCGCCGGUUACUACGGCAGUCCACUCAACGGAGCAACGUGUCAACCUUGCUCCUGCAACAAUCAAGGCACGCUAUGCACAAGUGAAACGGGCAAAUGUUUUUGCACGACCAAAGGCAUUAUUGGCGAUCACUGCGAACGUUGUGACGUGUCCGGUCUUUAUAACGGAGAUCCUACGAAUAAAGGAUCUUGUUUUUAUGACUUGGCUAUUGAUUAUCAGUUUACAUUUAACUUAAGCAAGAAGGAGGAUCGUCACUAUCGGGCCAUUAAUUUCAAAAACUCACCACCGAAAGCCGAUAUCGAUGCCGAAUUCUCCAUCACGUGUUCCGUACUUGCUAAGAUGAAUAUUACCAUCAAAAAAGUAAACAGUCCGGAAAGGCCAUUGCUGCUCGGCGCGAAUUGCACGACGACCAUGUAUAAGCACCGUUUCAGCAAGGCAGAUUACAAUUUUGGCAGCGAAGAUAAUAAUACCUUCACCACAUUCUACGUAUAUGUUUAUGACUUUCAACCGCCAGUGUGGAUUCAGAUCUCAUUCUCUCAGUACUCUAAAUUGAAUCUGCAACAGUUUUUCAUUACAUUCUGCACAGAUUACAUGCCACCACACAGGUGCUUUCUCGCUCUGCUAUUGGUGGCUGCCAUUCUGUGGAAGAUCAAACAGAAAUACGAUAUGUAUCGACGAAGACAACGGCUCUUCCUAGAAAUGGAACAAAUGGCCAGCAGAGCUUUCAGUUCAGUUGUAGUAGAGAUUGAAAGACGUGACAUUGAUGGCACAGAUUUGGAACACGGUGAUACCGACUUUAACAAUUGUCGUAAAAAUAUAAAGGAUGUUCCUCCUAGUCCGAUCGCAUUGGAGCCUUGUUGUGGCAACAGAGCGGCGGUCCUGUCUCUGCUAGUCAGAAUGCCAACUGGUGGCGAGCCUUAUACGCCAGCUGGACAGAGCGCCGGUUUAGCCGUCGCGUCUGCUUUGGUGACGUUAGGCACCCAGCGUAGACCAUCUCAAGAACUAACGACGAAGGAGCCGAAGAAGACGAGGAAGUCCGCCAGUCAACAUCCGGACUCUACUUGUAUUUAAUGAUAAAACUAUAGCAGAGACAUUGCGAUAGGACGUGACUACAAUGAGCCUUAGAGUUGUUUCUGUGAUCUUGCCCGCGCUUAAUACGGCAGGACUUUUAUCUUUGAACUCUAACAGAGUGAAGAAAUGCGAACAAUGAUCGCGAAAAAAUACGCGAGGAUUUUAUUCGUCGAUUUUCCACGUGCAACUGAUUGGUGUAUCAAACGACUCAGCUAUUUUAUCUGAAGAGUUGGCUGAACGUCUAAUAUUAAAUAUAGAUGUACGCGCGUCUUUCCUUAUCGAGUAGAAGGAAACGCCUUUGAUAGAGGAGUAAAUGGAUUGUUCCGGUCUACGUCCGCUAAUCAUGGUAAGUAACACGUUUUGUUUAGAAUUGAGGUGCGCGUUGUCAUUAAUAAUGAAGUAUCCUCGCGCGCCAAGAGGGGACGCCCGCAUUGAUCGGUUGACGUACGAGUUUUCUUUAUGAAUCUCAAUUAACGAUGUACAGUGUUGUAUAUAGAUGAUUAGACGAUCUACAUUUUUCUUGAAUGAUAUAUUUGCUCUUGUGAAUAAAACUGGCCUCGUGCAUAUUUGAAAAACUUUUAUCCGCUGCUUCUUUUUUACGAGUUUAUUCAUUCAUAAUCAAAAGAAACGCGUGUGCAGAUUUAAUCCUUCUAAAUCUAGGAAAUUUUAAAAAAUAAUUAUCUUUUUACAAAUUAACAGAUUUAACAAUAAAAAUCUGCUUAAGUUUGGAAGAAUUAAAUGUAGCAUAUCCGUCAUAAAUUUUUGUUUCUUUAUUGUCUCACAAUUUCCGCAAUGCAGUGGAUAAAAGCUUAUAAAUGCCAUAAAAGAUACUAAUCCAUUAAUGUUACUGAAAUAAUUGAAUUCGAAGAAGUACAACGCUUCGAUAUAAGCUGUAAAUAGGCUAUAUUUUUGUUGAUUCCGCAAACGAAGAUGCACAUUGUUAAUAAUGAAGAUCCAAACAUGUACGAGAUACUGAAGUGAACGGAAAGAUCGAAUUCAUAUAUCAAAGAAUUCAUUAUUAAUGUAUCCGUUUGUAACGAAUGUGUAUAAAAUUCAUAUUCUAAAUCGAUCAAGGUAAGCAGAGAUAAUUGCAACUGAUGCAGAUUUAUAGAAGGUACAAACGACAUAUUUGAUCCUAUGUGCAUUUCACAUUAGAAUAUUGUGCCAAAUUAUUUCUGUCUUUUUAUAUAAACGCAAAUUAUCUGUCGAGGCAAGCUUUGGUUAGCUAGAAUUGAUCGAACGAGAAGAAUGAAUAUUUUUACUUAUUUCGUUACUUCUGUUUAUCAUUAAUCCUACUAAACUUUGUCGCAUGAUUGCAAAUUUGCAGGAUUAAAAUAUUAGUUAAAUUAAUGGCGUAAUUUAAUUAGAAGUUUUAAACAUUUUGUCGAUUAUACUCAAAGUUUUAAUCUAACAAAAACAAAAUGUAUAGCCGUUACAGUAAUUUAUGAGACAAGUAAGGGAUGUUGGUUAUAUCGCACGUUGAUUGCGUGACUGUCUUUCUGAGCAUUUAAUUAAUGCGUUUGAAAUAAUUGCACGUUUUUACAUUUUUUAAUAAUUUACAGACUACUGCUUAUGUUACGUUAUUUUUAUUAUUUCGUAUAUUUAUCCAUAAUUAUAUAUAAGAAUGAGUAAUUAUAUGAAUGAAUAUCGCGUACUUCCAUUUUUUUAUAUUAAAUUUGUGCUUUUCCUCUCAUCAAUACGAAAAAAAUAAUUUAUCGCAGACUUCAUAAAUUUUGUAUAUAUUAUUAGCGAGAACAUAAUGAUAGUAAUCAUCGUACAAUACUUAGAGAAAAUUCCAGCUUCUUAUUCUUUAUCCGUGAAAUUAUAUUCAGAAGCCGGCAUUUUCCUCUUCUCGAAACUUUCGUGGUAACAUGAGAAAUGGGAGUUUUUGCCCCAGCAGACUUAUAAAUAUAUACAUAUUAGAUAGUUCCCUUAUAAAUACGUUAAUCUGUGUUAUGAUAGUUAAGCUUCUUUUUUGGUGGGUGUGAUGUACGUAUUUAUAUCUAUAUUAGUGCAUUGAGCGGGUGAAUAAUAAGUGGUGUGAUCUGUUAUUAUUCAGAUUGGCAUAAUGUGAUGCAUUUUGUUUUGACAUUUAAUACUCAUAUAAUUUCCUGGUCUUUAUAUUGUUUAAAAUAUUAAUUUAUGUAAAGGUGUGUUGUGGUCAAAGAGACGUAUAUAUAUUAUAAAUUAGAAUCCCUCCCUUUUAAGCGAUAAUGCGCAUUCUAUCUCAAAUAUAUUUUUCGUACCAAAGAAAGCUCUAUAGAUGUGAAUAAAUCGUUAUUGCGCACGUAGAAGAUUAGAUAGCACUCGACAUAAUCAAUUAUUAUAUGACAAUUAGAAAUAAAAUCAUAAUUACUGGCCGCAUCUAAAAUAAAAAAAAUGGUCUUUCGUCAACGGUAAUAUUUACAUAUAUCUGAUUAUUAUUUGUUGCCGAAUUUACUUUUUGAUACGACCAGCUUUUGUACUCGAAUACCGGAAGAGUAGUCUCAUUUAAGAGAUUCGUAACUCUUCUCUUAUGAGCGCCAAACAUUAAACAUAUUUUAUUAAAUUAUAUUUUAUUAUAUAUAUUAUAUUGCGAACAUAUUUUUUAUUGUAUGAUUUGUACGAACGAGUGAGCGCUUUUAAUCCUUUCGUUGCCACAAAUGCAUACACAUACACACACACAUACAUAAUCAUCACUUCAUUAUC